AUGGUAAGAGAUCUUGGACCAGGACCAGGAGCACAUUAUCCAGAAUUGUGUCCGCCAAUGAAUCACAAAAUUAGAGCUCCUGCUUAUAGUAUUAAGUCUAGAAGUAGAAUAAAAUUUGAUGAUAUUGGACCUGGUCCAAAUGCAUAUAUCUUGCCAACUUGUAUAGGACCAAAAAUUCCUGACAAAGUAGCUCAAGGCGCCUUUUCUAUAGCUGGAAUUCAUAGAAUUAAAGAAGAAGAUGUUGGUCCUGGUCCAGCAGCUUAUAGAAAUAUUCGAACUGAUCUUGUAAAACGUAGUGCUCCAGCAUUUAGCUUAAAAUGGAGGACUCAUUUAGCAGAAUUAGAAUUAAGUCCAGGUCCACGAUAUUAUCCUCUAUAUAAUACUGGAAGACGACAACCUAUGUAUUCUUUUGGAAUAAGACACAGUGAAUGUGCUGGUUUGCCUAUCACAGAUAUAGAUGAAGAUUAAUAAAGUGUUAAUUUUAUAAAUUAUUAUAUUAUAUAAUGAAAAUUUUGUAUAU